GCAUUCUCCAUGCGUACUUUCUUCCAUAAUAAACAAAACCGUUGAGGUUUGUGCUAGGAAGGGCUACAUAUUGCGCCAUUUAUUUUCUUUUUAAAGCCCCUGUAACUUACUUGCUGCAGUCAUAAUUUUGUCAAGUACACAUCGCUUUUUUAUUUUGACCGAUCUGUUCGACGCUGACAUACUGACAGUGAGGCCGGUGAGGCGCGGUUAGCAUUGAAAGCACGCGCAAGUCACCCGUGCUCAAGCAUGCCCCAGGGAUCCAGGAAGGUGCCUUUCAGCGCGAAGCAAAAAAAGAUCCAACUGCAGCAAAAACGUGAACGGAAGAAGCUAGAGCAUGAGGGUGGCGGAGCCCCAAAGCCGCAGCCUGCAGCACAAGUUGCUGCAGUGCAAGAAGAAAAGCGUUCUUUGGGUGAAGUGAUACGCAUUAAUGCCGAAGGAGAUCUUGGGCAGCGAUCCAGCCGGGUGUUUCGUUACUGCCUGCAGUUUCGUAGAGAGACUCCACAGGAACUCGAAAAGCGCAAGAGAAGAGCACGGGAGCCAUACACUCCUCUAGAUGAGUCAGCCUUGGAAGUGAGCCCGGAGCAGUUCUUCCUACCUGGUUCUGCAUUGGACAUGCCUAAGCGACCACCAUGGAAUCGUUCUAUGAGUAAAGAAGCCUUAGAGGCCAGAGAGGCCCAGUAUUUUCGAGAGUACCUGGACAAAAUUGAGAACUCAUUUGCUGAUAGAGAGCUGAGCUAUUUCGAGCUCAACUUGGAGACCUGGCGCCAGCUUUGGCGAGUCCUGGAGAUGUCUGAAAUUGUGCUGCUAGUCGCUGAUAUCCGACACCCUGUGGUGCACUUCCCACCGGCUCUCUACAUACAUGUAACUCAAGAACUCGGAAAACGACUUGUGCUGAUCCUUAACAAAAUAGAUCUGGUUCCGGAUACCCUUACGGCUGCCUGGAUAACUUUUUUUCGCGAGCGUUACCCAGGCUUAGUAGUGCUGCCUUUUGCAUCUUAUGCAGGCAUGACAGCAAAGGGGAAGCGAGGAAAGCGCCAAGGCAAGCUACGCAUGGCCUCUGAAGCCUGUCGAGGGCUGCUCGAUGCCUGCAAAGACAUGGUAGGCGAUCAAGUGGACUUGACCUCCUGGAGAAGCAAGAUAGAGGAAGAACUUGCUGAGGAGGCAGGAGAUGAUGAUGAUGAAGAAGAGCACGAUGCACUAGCUUCGGCCCCCACAGAGCUCGUAGCACCUGACACCAGCUUCUAUGAAGAGGAGAGAUUCAAAGGGGGUCGCCUCACUCUGGGCUUCGUUGGGCAACCCAAUGUGGGAAAGUCAUCCCUGCUGAAUGCCUUAGUUGGACGUAAAGUAGUGAGUGUGUCGCGCACCCCUGGGCACACUAAGCACUUCCAGACCAUUUUUCUGACAGACAAUGUGCGCCUGUGCGACUGUCCAGGUCUAGUAUUCCCAAGCCUGCAGCCCAAGGCACUGCAGGUGCUCACUGGCUGCUUCCCAAUAGCUCAGCUGAGAGAGCCCUACUCAGCCAUUCAGUACAUAGCAGAACGAUUGGACUUGCCAGGUAUUCUGAAGCUGCAACCACUUGAUGGUGCUGGUGACACUCACAAACCUUGGUCAGCUUUUGAUCUUUGUGAAGCUUGGGCUGUGGAACGAGGUUAUCUGACAGCAAAAGCAGGACGCCCUGAUGCCUACCGUGCAGCAAACAGCCUCCUGCGCAUGGCCCUCGAUGGACGAACACUGUGCCUCGCAUUUCGGCCACAAGGUUAUUCACAGAGCAAAGGCUCUGAAGUAGACAGUGCUCUGUUGGCUCACCUUGCGACAAUUCGUGGGGAGCCCCCAGCCAAGAUUGCUUCCUCUGAGAGUGAGCAAGAGGAGAGUGAAGACGAAAGUAGUGAGGAAGAUGAAGAAGAGGAAGAGGAGGAGGACCACUUCCAGAGCAACAAGUUUGCAGCCUUGGCUAACGAUGUGGUGUAGGUGCUAGAACCCUUCGAAGACAGCAAUAAAAUUAUUUUUGGAAGUCAUA